AUGGCCGAUACAGAGAGUCCAAGACUGGAGGAGCAACAUACUCCAACCAAGCCUCAUGCAAAUGUCCGUACCGAUGGCCGAGCCUUCAAUUCCCCCAACUGGCGUAUGAAGGUCGAAAACCCGGCACCUUCUACAAAUGCUAGCCCCGCCAGCCCCAACCCUACGGUCCCUAUCAAUACCACCCGGGCAGCCUUCAGUCGACCCGGAGCGCACGUCCCCCAAGCGAUCAACGAUGGCCGCCGCCUAUAUGUGGGCAACAUGCCCUACACGGCCAAGACGGAGGAUGUGGAGGCGCUUUUUGGAGCGUCCAACUUCCCCAUCCAGCGCAUUGAUAUUGCCCUUGACCCUUUCACCGGCCGAAACCCUUCGUACUGCUUCGUCGAUUUGCAGAACAAGGACGAUGCCGAGCGUGCCAUGAGGGAGCUGGAUGGCCGCGAUAUGCUGGGUCGCCCUGUCAAGAUUAAGCCCGGUGUUGUCAAGUCUCGCGAGCGCAUUCAGAACCCACCUACCCCCUUUCGCAUUGAGCGCUGGCGUCCACAAGACAAACCGAGCUUUGCGAAGAUUAACAGCGACUCUAGCAGUCGCGUGUAUGUGGGUGGGCUGCCACGAGUGACCGAUCAUGACCUUGUGCAGACCAAGAUCGAAACUUUCUUCGAGGGAUUCAAAGUUGAGAAUGUCAGCAAAGUCUUCACCCCUCACCCCGCCAAGCAGUUCGAACCCGGCGAUCACUAUUAUCUGUUUGUCGAUGUCGACACUCCCGAGGCUGCCGAGAGAGCCAUGCGGACUCUAAAUGGGCGUCAAGGGCCAUGGGGUCGUCCUUUACGGGUACAAUUUGCUCGUGGUCCUAAGGUUGAUUCUGAAUGA